AUGAAGUUUUCAGUUACUUCUGUCGUAGCUGCCAUGCUGGCCGUUGUCAACGGCCUACCUAGCCCGCCCUUGGCUGAACUAGACGCUUUCAACGUAAUCGGCGGAGUCACCUGGACAGGCGAGGUUCUCCCAGGAAAGAACGUUACCUUCAGCGGCACCAUGCAAGAGGUCCGGGCAAAAAUACUCGCCGAAAACCCCGACUACUUCAGUGCCUAUGACAACGAGGCGGGAAUCGAGCAUGGAAGCCAUCUUCAGAAGCGAUGGGAGCUGAAGCAGCCUCCGGACUGCAACUACGGUAAUUUCAUUCGAAGAAUAAACGCCAUCAAAUUCAUCAACGAACUAAACGCCAAGGGGGGCGGUAAUGCCAUGUGUGGUGCGCCUCCGCGUCGAGGACCUGGACUGGGGGGUUGCUCCAGAGUUAGCUGUAGUUGGGGAUCGCAGAUGUGGUUGUGCAAUGAUAAUGAUUACCACUUGGAUCUUCCUUGCACCGAAGUUGCCUCUGCUUUGUUUGAGCUGAGCAAUGUGUGCUAUACUGUCCAACAAGGUGGUGAUACGGAGACGCAGGGCCAGCUCUUUACUACGGAUAAUUGGAAUGUUAUUAUUGAUUAUUAUGGUGACUGUCAUUCAAGCCCUACUGUCGGUCGAUAG